UCGCCAGUGUGUAGGAGGAGUUUGUGUGAUCGGAUCUAAGUGCUUCUGUGUUUGUCACUUGCAGCAGUAAGCCCCCUCUAAAAAUGCACCGUUAUUCCUUACAAUGGGAAGCAAGGAAUAGCAACCGGGAUCUCUAAUGAACAACGGUAAAGAUGGACAGCAUUCCAUGAACGACCUGAACAAACUGCAAUAUUAUUUAUGUGGGUUUAAAUCUAGGCAGCCGUGUCCUUCACAGCAUCAUGGCAUCGUGCACUUUGAUAUACGGAGCGGGUCUUUUUCUAGUGUUGGUGCUCGGUCUUUUUAAACCUCUCUGUGUCGAAGCAUACACUAACAGCACCGAUAUAGACAGGACUGCAUCUACUACAGAUCUCUCUGAUUUUACUCCGAGUGUUAUGGAAGGUUUGAGCGGUAGCACGGAUUUGCCAUCGGAACCCGGCAUUAGUCCCAUAACUGCCUCACCUAGCGCCUCCGAAGCAGGCUGGGGCGACUCAACAGCAACCGGGGGGGCUGACACCAUCUCCGGCUUUUCAAAGAAUAAGGAGCCGCUAGAAGAAGCCAGUACUGCCACCGAACAAAGUGAGCAGUCCAGCACCUUCGCUGAUCUAGAAAGCUGGGAGUCCCCCUCUCAGACUGACAGCACUUACAUUUCUACAAGCUUCACAAGAGCCGGGGAGAGGACUUUGUUAUCCGUAAGCAUGAAUAGCACCUCACCCUAUACCGGGGUCACUAACUCCUCCCAGCCUGCCCAGACUGAUACCACUGAAGUCGAGCCCAGUGAAAGUGGGGAAGGCAGCUCCAGUAAACAUUCCGAGUUAGUGGUAACUUCCACAGGACCCGCAUCUAGAAAUAGUUCUGAAGGACUGAUUGAUUCCACCACCGAGCUAUCACAGAACGAAACAUCAAGUGAUAGCUUUCCAAAUGAAACGCAGUCGUCCACUGACACCACAUCAGUCAUCACGUCCAAAACCACUUUACCUUUCACUUCUUCAAGCAGUGAAAACACCACGAGCACCAGCAACAACACCUCUGAACAGACAGAUGCUGCCGGUACAUCGCUGUCUUCCUCCACCGAAACCACAUCUUCCUCAUCGUCUUCAUCCGCCUCGGGUUCAUCCACCUCCGAGUCACUGCCACCAUCAUCUUCUGGUGACAGCGUUUCAAACGGCACGCAGUUUUCGAGCAACUCCUUCGUGGCCCCUGUCACAGACACAGCUGUCGUCACUGAAUCUUCACCAUGGCCUUCGUUUACUAGAGUGGAGGAUUAUACAGAGAAGCCCCUGCCACACACUGUGGAGAAUAGCACUGGCUCAGCUGUGACCGCUGUCCCGGAUGUGCAGACAGACACCGAGAGGCAGCUUGACGACUCUUCCACUGAACUCAGCUCCUCCGGUCGCACACCCACUAACAGCUCUUCCGAGGAGCCUUUCCCUACCAAAACCAACAGCACGGCUGGAACGAUGGACAUCCUCGCUACAACCCUGGAAGGAAUCACACACAGGACAACAAUCUCAGAUGACACCACGCAGCUGACUAGCACCGCUUCAACCAAGAUAACCCAUCCCUCUCUGCCCAGCACAACAGAGGAGUCUGAAACCGACGAAACUGCUCCUUUGACAACACAAACGACUUUUGAGCCUCAGACGACCGGCGGCACUACAGAACAUCUUUCAAGGACUGACGAUGCAAGCACUGAUAGCUCCACAAUCCCUAGUGUUUUCUACACUGAUGGGACAACUCUAGUGUUUGAAACAAGCACUGCCACCCCAGGAAAAACCUCCGAAAACAACAAGCCCACCACCGUAACUUAUAGGACAACGGCACUUAGCAUGACUACUGAAACGCUGUCCACAACCGCACAACGCACUGAAAAAGCAACGACAGUGGUCCAAGUUACCAGUUCCAAAGUGUUAGUGACUACCACAGUUAUACCAGUGAGUAUUUGCAAACAGCACCCUUGCAUUAACAGUGGAAAGUGUGUCGUUGAGAAUGGAGGUCGUCGCUGUAGCUGUCCACCGGCCUGGCAAGGGGAUGACUGCAGUGAAGAUGUGGACGAGUGUUUGUCUAGCCUGUGCCCAGCGGACUCCACCUGUGUCAACACCCACGGGUCUUUCACCUGCGAGUGCCCGCUGGGCUACACCCUGCAGGAAGGAAGGAGAUGCGCACUUGCCAGGACAUUCCUAGGCAGCUUCCUUCCAAACAACACAAAUAUCUGGAUUACAGAAACUCAGGAAAUCCAAAGAGAAUUACUACACAUGCUCAACACAUCUCUCUCCCACUUUAGAGGCUAUUAUAGAUCUACACUUACUGUUGCCAGGGGGGCUGAUUGGCUGAACGUUUCUGCUUUGAACUUUUUUUCAAUAUCUUCUAAUGUGACCUCACAGGAAGUGCUUGCCAGUGUGCAGCAGUACAUGAGAAACUGGAGCCCUACAAAUGAGCACAGCGACCUUCUACACAGCUUGGCCUACACAGCUGUGAGUCUGUGCAGCCUCAAGGUUCCUCGCUGCGACUUGGACACAUCUCAGUGUUCUGAUGCCUAUGGGAUUGCGUUCUGUCAGUGCAAGCCAGGCUACUUCAAAUACAACGACAACGACCACUCCUGCAAAGCAUGUGAUGAUGGUCAUAAACUAGAAAACAGUACCUGUGUAAGCUGCCCUUUUGGUUUCGGUGGAUUUAACUGUGGAAACCCUUACAAAUUGAUCACCGUGGUAUUGGCAGCGGCUGGUGGAAGUCUGCUGUUAAUUCUGGGAAUAUCUCUCAUAGUUAUAUGCUGCAGGAAGGACAAAAAUGAUAUCAGUAAACUAAUCUUCAAGAGUGGAGAGUUUCAAAUGUCCCAGUACGCCGAGCAUCCCAAGAGCAACAGGAUUUCAGUGGAGUGGGGCAGAGAGACCAUAGAAAUGCAGGAGAACGGCAGCACCAAAAACCUUUUGCAGAUGACAGAUAUAUAUUACUCUCCUGGACCCAGGACCCACGAACUGGACAGAAACGGCCUCUUGCCUUACACUGGUUUACCUGGCUCUCGACAUUCUGCCAUCAUCUACCCAGGACAAUACAACCCUUCCUUCACCGGCGAUGAAGCGCGGAGGAGAGAUUACUUUUAACAAUGACAGCAAUCAGAGAUGUAUUUCUGCCAGGGUCUCUUUAGAAAAGAGAAACAAAAUAAGCCCAGUUUGUGGAUUCCCGUUUGAGAAUUGGGUCAGAAUGAAGCCUCACUGGAGCAGUGGUUUCAGUGUUUGAAUCUGCACUGUGGGAAAAUGCUGCAGAAUGCUGCCAUGAAGGACAGUGCAUGUGAAGAACGAACACUGCACCACCUUUGUGAGUUGAGUGAAGAAUGUGUAAAGAAUUGCUGGAUAUCAGAGGUUAAAGAGUAAGUAGCAAGGUUCAGAAAAAUAUAGCUUUAUCCAUCCCCACGCUACAACAUGCUACAACUGUUUAAAUAAGGUACCUGGAAUUUUUCUUUUCAUUAUUAACAUCCUGACAACUUUUUAUACUUAAAACUUUUAACUCUCUUUUUGAAGCCGGUUUGAGAUUCGUCCUCUAAAUCCAGCAUAACAACAAGUGCUCUGGCUUUUCUGUUCUGUACCAAAUCAUGGAUCGUCAUUCCUGUUACCUUGUUUGAGAAUGUGGACAAUAAUCCUUACACUAUCAGUGCACUAGAGCAAAUCUUUAUUUUAUUACAAGGCUUCAUAAGGAAUAAGAGGCUCCUGAUUGGACCUGAAUUAGCCCUCUGACGUGGGCACGUUACUCGCUUUGUGCAACAUGUUUCAUUUCAAUUACUACAGUGCAGAGAAACUUUCACCCCACAACAUUUUGUUUUGUUUAAUAUAAGUUUGUAAAUUAUAACUUUUAUUUUAUGAUAAUCAAAAUGCCUUCGCCAAUAAUAUAUGUUUAUUUUUUUUCUGGGUUUUUUUUGUUUGUUUUUUUAUACAUGUGUUAAUGUAAUUUAUAUAAUUGUUUUUCGCGGCUGGAUUUCUUCUAGGGUUAUUUUACCCCUGUUGAAUUUCAUCUCCUUGUAAAUACUUCCCUCCAACCAGUGUGUCCUAUUGAUCCUUAGGUUCCAAGAAUCUUAAUCUCUGCCUGCUUUUCAGAAGUGUCCCUCUUCAGAACAGCUAAAUCAGUCCUUCUUACAAAUAGGAAACACUAAUAUUUAUUUACAGCCAUAUUCCCUCGAAGACUAUUCAGUAAAAUGAAACAUGGCAAGUGUUCUGGACCCAACAGUAAACGGUAGCAUGAUGGUGUUCCUGACACGACUAUGUUUUUUUCUAAUGUGUGUUGUUUGUUUACCAUAUAACUGGAAAAUUGUUGUAGAAUGAUUAUAUGUUAUUCCUAUUACGUUCCAUUUAAAAUCAUAUUCAUGGCUGGCCAGUAUUUGAAAAGGACUCCUGUGUUGUUGAAAGAUGCUGCCAGAUAAAGUCAUUGCCCCAUGGGCAUCCUAUAUGUGUUUAAGUUUAUUUUUUUGUCUUCAAAUAUCCAAUAAAAAGAAACUAAUUAUAUUAUUUCAGAUGUUUAGUUCAAGAUUUUAAGUAUUUACACAUUAACAAUUGAUUCUGGCGUUGUAGUCAGCAUAUAAAAACAAAAAAUAAAGAAAUAAUGGUAAAUAUUCAGUGGAGACCUUGCCUUUUAUUUCUCUGAUGCCUUUAUGAAUGAUUUAUGAAAUGAUGCAUUGCCACAAAUAAUCUGCCAGUGGGAACUGACAAUUGUACCAUCACCUUGUGUGCGGAGAGGCAAAAUGGCAGGAAUAACUCAGCAAAGCCAUAGAAAACAGGCUGAAAGCAGCCUCUUGUGCUUUUUGCUGUACUGUCAAGACAGAUAUUUACAGGCAGCAUCCCAUCAGCCAGGGAAUUUCUCCUCCUGUCUAAAAGCAGCCUUUUUAGGUCCAUAGGUGGAUUAAGUUAACUGAUUGACAAACCAACUAGGCCCCACAUUUCUUUUCGGUUACACUGUGGUACAGAAGAAUCUGGCUCCCAUACUACUAUCCACUGCCCCCCUCCUUUUUAUUUAUUUAUUUUUAAGUAAGAGAGGUGUGGUACUGGGACCCCUGUGAUGGUGACACAGCAUGGGACGGGAGUCUACUCACAGAUGUUUUUUUUUUUUUUUUUUUUUUUUUUUUAAUUUAAAAAAUAAAUAAAUGGGACUUGACU